UUGGAUAUGAUGCAGACAAUUACAUUGAUGGAAGCCAUAAUCUAUCUACAAUGUUAAAGCUGAUCUACCCCCUAAAAUAAGUUUUACGAGUGAGCAUUCAACACUACAGCUUAAACUGAGGGGGCAGGAAGUUGUGAGCAUCGUAUUUAGGUCAGGGAACUGCCAUCACCUACUUAGUUUGUUUUGAGUAACUCAACCUUGACAGAGAUCAGAGAACGAUGCCAGACUUCAUCGCUUACACUUCUACAAUGAACAUUUCAUGGUUUCUACUUAUCCUCACAGGGACCUGGGCUGAAGUUCCGUCAAUAUACAAGUAUGGGGUGAAGGGAGGUUUCGUGUGUCUGGCUGUUGCUGAAUCCCCUGAGGAGCAUAAAGAACUUAAAUGGAAAUUCAAAAGUGCUGUAAUAGUUGAUAAUAAAGAGAUCUCUCCUCAAUACAAGGACAAGGUGCAUUAUAACCCAGUGAACCACUCUUUGUGCAUUAAGAAUCUGAAGGAAACUGACAGUGGAAUUUACUAUCCGAUUGUUGGAAAAUGGAAUUUAGAAACUAUUAUUGAGUACAAUGUAACAAUACUGGAAGCUGUUUCCAUACCAGUCAUGAAGGUGGUGUCUCUCUACUCCAACUCAAGUACGGGACAAUGUAACAUCACAGUGAACUGUUCUGUUGAAGAUGUCUGGGCGUUGUCUGUCUGUAACGGGCGUCACUGCACACUGUCACAACAGUCACUCACCGUAGUCAAUAUCACCAUCUCCAAUGACAACAACACUAUCCAGUGCACAGGAAAAAAUCACGUCAGCGCAAAGACCAAGUCACAACCCAUGAAGGACAUAUGUAUUGAGAAGGAUGGGAAAGCUUCCGAAUUCCCAGUUGGCAUCAUUGUGGUCAGUGUUACUGCUGGAUUGCUAUUCAUUAGUGUGAUUGUUGGUAUAUGUGUUGGUAUACGACGCAUCAAAUCAACGAGAAGAAGGGCCCGUAAAAACAAGCAGCCACUGCAGGUCAACCCAGUGAGCGCUCCACAAGGGGAAAGGCCGGGACCACAAAACACAGGGGGUUCUGACGUAACAACUAUCUACGUCACUGUAGUGAAACCAGGAGCAGCAGGAGUGGAGCUCCCGUCACCAGAAGAGAUGUCAGAGACACAGUCAGAGGCGCUCUACAGCACUGUGCAGCACCCAGCUGCAGAAGAGUCUCACCUAGUGGACAAAGUGGGCGCUACAAAAGAGGACAGGCCAGGGCCGCAGAGCCCUACUGAGACAGAGCCUACAUCAAUCUACAGCACUGUACAGAAACCAGCAGCAGCACAGCGUUGCCCAGUGGACAAAUACGGGAAUAAUCUCAACAAACCAGACAGAGCUGCUCAAUAGGAGAUAAACUACCCCUCCGUCCCUCUCACAGUUACCCUGCUAUUACAUUGACUAAGACUUGACCCAUAUACUCAGAUAGCGAAAAUCAAAACACAGGGGAAAUUGUGAACGAGGAAGAAUGACGGGAAAAUGUAAUAUAAAACAAAAAACAUUUUUACUUAUUUUACUUAUUUUUACUUCAUUAAUCAUUCCAUCUAUUAGCACUGUACAUGCUUUAUUAAAAAUACUUGUAUAUAAAACAGCUGAAUAAAAAAAAUGGGAAUCCCGUUGUUUGAUCCCAUCUUCAACGAACUGAAAAGAAGGUUGAGAAGACAGGCUCAACCAAACAAUAGCAAUAAAAAGACA